AUGGCUGCUGUCGCCCAGUCCGCCGCCCCCCAGGGCGUCCUCGUCACGGCUUCCAAGGUUCACGUCCCCUUCAAGGCCGAGCUCCUUGCCACUAUCGCAGAGCCCCGCUUCCAGGCUCGCCCCCCUCACCUCGUCGGCAUCCUCGCCACCAAGAAGGAGGACGCAAGGAGCUACGCCGACUUUACCAAGCGUGCCUGCGAGCAGAUUGGUAUCAACUUUGAGCUCCGUCUUGUUGGCGAUGCUCGCGAGGGCAUGGACGGCGAGGGUGUCAGCAUCGGCGUCGAGGAGGCCGUCAUGGAGGCUAACGAGGACGACAAUGUCGACGGCAUCAUGGUCUACUACCCUAUCUACGGUGACCGUCAAGACCAGUACCUGCAGUCGGUUGUCUCGCCCGUCAAGGACGUUGAGGGCCUCAACCACCAGUUCCUUUUCAACCUCUACCACAACGUCCGAUUCAUCUCGCCUGUCACCCUUCGUCCUGUCCCUGCGUCGCACCUGCCGCAGUCGAUUGACCCUAAGGCCAAGCAGUCUGAGCAGCCCCCUGCUGGCACUGUCAAGUCGGUCCUCCCUUGCACCCCUCUUGCCAUCGUCAAGGUCCUUGAGCACAUUGGUGUCUACAACCCCCUUCUCCAGUACGGUGACCGUGCCCGUGGAAAGGUGAUCACGGUCAUCAACCGCUCCGAGGUCGUCGGUCGUCCCCUGGCUGCCCUCCUCGCCAACGACGGCGCUCGCGUCAUCUCGGCUGACAUUGACUCCAUUGUCGAGUUUUCCAAGCGCCCUUCGACUGCCGAGACCAACCAGUUCCACCGCCACCACGUAGUCACUCCCGUGGACACCACCCUCGAGGAGGCCCUCAAGGUCUCGGACGUUGUCAUCUCGGCUGUCCCCAACGACAAGUACAAGAUCCCCACCCGCUGGCUCAAGGACGGCGCCAUCUGUGUCAACGUUGCCGGCGAGAAGAACUUUGAGAGCGACGUUCGCGAGCGCGCGUCCAUCUAUGUCCCCUCGGUCGGCGUCAUGACCAUUGCCAUGCUCCAGCGCAACCUCCUCCGUCUGCGCACGUACCAGGACAUGGUCAAGGAGCAGCGCCAGUGA